CAUAUAAUAAUAAGGAAGUAGUGGCCAGAUAAACCGCACUAGUCUAGGUGGAGGUUAUUUUGGGACGGUAUUCUUCUGUAUGUAUUGUAAAAAAAAUCCCUGUACGAACACACGCGGCUUAAAAAAAAGCAGUGAUGUGAAGGGUCGGCUCCAUCGGCUCAUCCCGCUGUAGUUAUUUCCCCCAGUGUGCUCUUUCUCUUUCCCUCUUUGUCUUUUAUGUGGAGAAGAUCGAUGGAGAAAUACUCACUUGUUAAAGUGAUCGGUGAAGGCUCGUUUGGCCGGGCCGUGUUAGUGCGGUGUAAAAGCAGUCAGGAAAAAUAUGUGGUGAAGGAGAUUCAGCUGCCAAAGAAUCAGUCCAAACUGGAGAAUUCGAGGAGGGAAGCCAUCCUGCUGUCCAGAAUGAAACAUCCUAAUAUUGUGGCUUUCAGGGAGGCAUUCGAGGCUGAUGAACUCCUGUGGAUUGUUAUGGAGUACUGCAGCGGAGGAGAUCUGCUCCAGAGGAUUAAGCAACAGAAGUCAAACCAGUUCAGUGUUGAUAAUAUCUUGAAGUGGUUCGCUGAAAUGUGCGCAGGUGCAAAGCAUAUCCAUGAUCAGCGAGUUCUGCACAGAGAUCUGAAAUCCAAGAACAUUUUCCUGACCGAUAAUGGGACAGUCAAGCUUGGAGACUUUGGCUCAGCCUGUAUUUUGAACAGCUCGAAGGCUUACGCUCAUGCAUAUGUUGGAACUCCGUAUUAUGUGGCACCAGAAAUCUGGGACAAUAAGCCGUACAACAAUAAGAGUGAUGUGUGGUCUCUAGGCUGCGUCCUGUACGAGCUCUGCACCCUGCGACACCCGUUCCAGGCAUCCAGCUGGAAGAGUCUGAUUCUUAAGGUGUGCCGGGGUGCAUACCCUCCCCUCCCCAGUCAUCUUCCUUAUGAGUUGCAGUACUUGGUCAAGCAGAUGUUCAAGACAAACCCGAAAGACAGACCGUCCCUGCACACCAUCCUGACCUCUCACAGGGUUUCUAAACUCUUGCGUACACACCUGCCCUCCCAGGGAAAAUCAGCCUCAGAGAGGGAGGAGCAGGCGAGGCAUACAGGUCGAUGGAACAGAGAGGAGGGAAAGAAUGUGGCUCGUCUUCUGGGAGAGAAGAGUUUAAUAAAAACAUCAACAUCUGAAGGUAUGGACUUAUCAAAAAGCUGCUUCGAAAGCAGAGACCCCGCCCCUCGAAAGCAGUGGUCUACUGAGCCAUCAGACACCGUGCUGCAGGUGUUAGCUAAUGCCAGUCUGGUUUCAUCUGACAGCGUGACAUCAACUGGCUGGACCUUCACUAGCUCUACUCAUGAAGGGGAGCCAGAGGACAGCAGGCAGAGAAGACGAUGGGAAAGGAAUCCUCCUGAGAGGCUUCUGAGUCUGCUGGAGAAGGCUCAGCUGAGCAAAGCCUCCAGCACCUUCAUAAUAAACAGAGGUCUGCUGAUCUGUGAAGACCCUCUGUUGGGACCACUCUCCCAUCCUCAGGGUGAUGACACGGAUGGGCCCGAACAAGAGCUGGUUAUAGACGAGGACCGACUGCAGCCACGCUCUGAUGAUGAAGACACGGACUUUGAAGAGGAAUCUCCAUGUGACUGGAUGGAUGAAGCUGAGAAAAUAUUUUUGGAACACUAAGACCUUUUUUCCUUCUGAGCCUGUAAAAAAGGAAAGGUUAACUUUUAAAUGCUGCAACAACACACUAAAAUUUUAACUGUGUUUAUUUUUCAGCUUGCUGUCAGAAAACCUUGUGCACAUAAAGAUGUUUGGAAGUUUUGUGUGCUCUGUUUAAUAAGUUGUGUUCGCCUCAGGUUAGCAGUGAUAAACAUUCCUUGCAAUUUGAGGCCACUGGGAAGCUUCUGUUUGGCUUGUUCGGAAAACAGGAAAUAUUAGAGUCAGAAAGGUUAUGUCUCCAUGCAGUCGCACCAAUUUGAGCCCGCCUGCACCUUUUGAAGUCUGUUUCUUUUGCGAUAUCAAAAGCAGACUAAACAUCUUGUUGCUGUUAUAUGGCUUUUAUUCUUGUGACUAAACAAACCACAU